UUAUAAUGGUACUAAGCAAUAUAAAUGAAAAUAACUGGGACAGUGACCCAAAAUCUUGGUCAAAACCGAUAAAGCCGCUCGAAGAGAAAUGGAAACUAGUGCCGGCUUUUUUACAGGUUAAAGGAUUAGUAAAGCAACACAUAGACUCUUUUAAUCACUUUGUUAAUGUAGACAUUAAGAAAAUUGUGGAAGCAAAUCAAAUAGUAUUAAGUGAUGCAGAUCCGUUGUUUUAUCUUAAAUAUCUUGAUGUGCGGAUUGGCAAACCAGACAUUGAAGAUGGCUUCAAUAUAACAAAAAAUACAACACCACAUGAGUGUCGUUUGCGCGACACCACCUACUCUGCACCCAUAACUGUAGACAUCGAAUAUACACGUGGUACGCAGCGUACAGCGCGAAAUAAUUUACUCAUCGGAAGGUUGCCCAUCAUGUUGCGCUCGUCGAACUGCGUCCUAACUGAUAAAUCUGAAUUUGAGUUGUCGAAAAUGAAUGAAUGUCCAUUAGAUCCAGGUGGUUAUUUUGUAGUACGUGGUCAGGAAAAAGUAAUACUCAUACAAGAACAGUUAUCAUGGAAUAAAAUGAUUACCGAAGAGUUCAAUGGAGUUGUACAGUGUCAAGUUACUUCCUCCACACACGAAAAAAAAUCACGUACGGUUGUUCUUAGCAAACACAACAAAUACUAUUUGAAACACAAUUCAAUGGUGGACGACAUACCGAUUGUGGUAAUUUUUAAAGCAAUGGGCAUUACUUCAGAUCAAGAAAUUAUGUCACUUAUAGGUAUGGGGGUAGAAACGCAAAACCGAUUUGCACCAUCGUUAUUUGAAGCUUACCAUUUGAAAAUUUUCACACAACAAAGAGCUUUAGAAUAUAUGGGUUCUAAACUCGCCGUCAAAAGGUUUCAAACUGCUAAGACUGUUCCUCCAGCUGAUGAAGCGCGAGAGCUUAUAGCAACUACAAUUUUGGCGCAUGUGCCAGUGGAAAAUUAUAAUUUUCAAAUUAAAUCUGUUUAUGUGGCGCUUAUGGUGAGGCGUGUAAUGGCAGCCGAAUUGGAUAUUACAACUGUGGAUGAUCGUGAUUAUUAUGGCAAUAAACGUUUGGAACUAGCCGGAUCCUUAAUAUCACUUAUGUUUGAGGAUUUAUUUAAACGUAUGAAUUGGGAAUUAAAAAUGAUAGCUGACAAAAAUAUACCCAAAGUAAAGGCUGCCCAAUUCGAUGUUGUGAAACACAUGCGUGCGGCACAAAUUACUGUUGGCUUAGAGUCUGCAAUUUCAUCUGGCAAUUGGACUAUAAAACGUUUUAAAAUGGAGCGUACUGGGGUUACACAAGUGCUUUCACGUUUGAGUUAUAUAUCAGCGCUGGGUAUGAUGACAAGAGUGAAUUCACAAUUCGAAAAGACAAGAAAAGUUUCUGGUCCACGUUCACUGCAACCCAGUCAAUGGGGUAUGCUAUGCCCAUCAGACACACCUGAAGGUGAAGCUUGUGGUUUGGUAAAGAAUUUGGCGCUUAUGACACAUAUAACAACAGAAGUUGAUGAAGCACCUGUAAUACGUUUGGCGUUUAAUGCAGGCGUCGCAGAUAUACGGUUUGCUGGCGGAGAUGCGAUUAAUAAUCCUAGCAUGUUUUUAGUAUUUAUCAAUGGUAAUAUACUCGGUUUGGUUUCGAACUACAAGCGUUUAGUGGAAGUAUUUCGUAUGAUGCGUCGUAAAGGUCAACUGGGUCCUUUCGUUUCUAUACACACUUCACACACGCAACGCUGUGUUUAUAUACACACUGAUGGUGGACGCCUUUGUCGUCCAUAUAUAAUAGUAAAAUAUGGCAAUUCAGCAGUUACUCAAAAACAUUUAGACGAAAUGGAAGGAGGUAUACGAAAAUUUGAAGAUUUUCUACAUGAUGGCCUCAUCGAAUACUUAGAUGUCAAUGAAGAAAAUGAUUCAUUUAUUGCCUGGAAUGAAGCAGAUAUAAAUGCAGGUACCACGACUCACUUAGAAAUUGAGCCAUUUACAUUACUCGGUGUGUGUGCUGGUCUCGUUCCUUAUCCACAUCAUAAUCAAAGUCCACGAAACACCUAUCAAUGUGCUAUGGGUAAACAAGCUAUGGGAGUAAUCGGCUACAAUCAAAAGAAUCGUAUUGAUUCACUUAUGUACAAUUUAGUUUAUCCUCAAGCACCCAUGGUCAAAUCGAAAACAAUUGAACUGACUAACUUUGAUAAGUUACCUGCUGGCCAGAACGCCACUGUUGCAGUGAUGAGUUAUUCAGGCUACGACAUUGAAGAUGCGCUUAUUCUCAAUAAAGCAUCAAUUGAUCGCGGUUUUGGUCGUUGUUUGAUAUACAAAAAUUCAAAGUGCACGGUUAAACGUUACGCCAAUCAAACAUAUGAUCGUAUUAUGGGUCCAGUCAAGGAUGCUGUUACAAAUAAAGUUAUUGCCAAACACGAUGUCUUAGAUACAGAUGGUAUUGUAUCACCCGGUGAAAUGGUUGUUAAUAAGCAAGUACUCAUAAACAAAGAAAUGCCUGCGGUAACUUCUAUAAAUCCUUUAGAGCAAAGUGGACAAACUGCACAAAUUCCAUAUACACCAGUGCCAAUUCAAUAUAAGGGCCCUGAACCUAGUUAUGUUGAAAAAGUGAUGGUCUCUGCUAAUAGUGAAGAAGAUUUUCUUAUUAAAAUUUUGCUACGACAAACAAGAAGACCUGAAAUAGGCGAUAAAUUCAGUUCACGUCACGGACAAAAAGGUGUAACUGGCUUAAUAGUGAAUCAGGAGGAUUUACCAUUUAAUGAUUAUGGUAUAUGUCCAGAUAUGGUUAUGAAUCCACAUGGUUUUCCCUCACGUAUGACAGUAGGAAAAACACUUGAGUUAUUAGGCGGAAAAGCUGGUCUACUGGAAGGUAAAUUUCACUACGGUACUGCUUUUGGCGGCUCCAAAUGUAAAGACAUACAGGAUGAACUUUUCAAACACAAUUUCAAUUAUAUGGGAAAGGAUUUUUUCUACUCGGGCAUAACUGGUGAACCGCUCGAAGCUUACAUCUAUUCUGGUCCCGUCUAUUAUCAGAAAUUGAAACAUAUGGUACAGGAUAAAAUGCAUGCACGUGCUCGUGGUCCAAAGGCUGUGCUAACUCGUCAACCCACACAAGGUCGCAGUCGUGAAGGCGGUUUACGUUUGGGUGAAAUGGAACGGGAUUGUUUGAUUUCUUAUGGUGCCAGUAUGUUAAUUAUGGAAAGACUAAUGAUAUCUUCUGAUGCAUUUGAUGUGGAUGUCUGCAAGACUUGUGGUCGACUUGCAUACUGUUCUUGGUGCAACUAUUGUCAGUCAUCAGCAAAUGUUUCGAAAAUAUCAAUGCCAUAUGCAUGCAAAUUAUUAUUUCAGGAACUAACUAGCAUGAAUGUUGUACCAAAACUAAAGUUAGAGAAUUAUUGAAACUUUUGUUGGAGUAAUGCCACUUCCAUUCUUGAUUUCUAACGUUAAAUAAUGAUAUUCAGUGAUUGAGUUUUUUAAGUAAAGGAGUUUCUAUGCGUAGCCGCUAAAAUCCAAUGAGGAUAGUCCUUUUCCAAAACCUGCGACAAGGUGCUGAUUUUCACCAAUGUUUAGGUUUGUUUUUAACAUUUUUUCGCAAUAUAAAUUUGAUUCUUAUGGUACA